AGAACUUUGAAAUAAGAGGUGCAGUUGUAAUGAAAAACAAUCUAAACAAGGUUCGUACCACAAUGAAUAGACCAAGGUGGAUUGGUCCGGAUGUGUGGAAUUCAUUGUGAAAUCAAUGGGGAACUCAAGAAUUUAAAAAGAAGAGAAUACAAGCAAAAACAAACCGAGCAUCUGAUUGUGGUGGUUUUGGAGGAUCCCUUCACACAUGUGGCUCUAUCACCUCAUCCCAACAUAGAGCUAAUAUGACUGAACAAAAUGGUACUCCUCCUAAUCCUUCGGAGUUGUUUCUUCACACGCACCAACACCGCAAGAAUAAUACUUGGGUUGAUAAAAGAUCAGAAUAUGUGCAUAAAAAGUUUACAGAUAGGUGGGAAGAGUUGAUCCAAGAAUCAUCUCAACAAGGGACUCCCCCACCGGCUCAAUUAGAUGUGUGGUGUGAUGUUGCAGGUAUAAGAAAAGGAAGAGUAUAUGGUCUCGGAAUGGAAUCUACUGUAAUAACAGGGAAGCCAACUUAUCGUGGUUCAUGUUCUUCGUCAACCGAGUCGGUUCAACGACAUGAAUUUGAAGAAAUGAGAAAUGAAAGGGAUCAACUUCGUGAGGAAUUGGCUAACACAAAUAGAGUUGUUGAGUAUAACAAUCAAAUGCUAAAACAGUUGAUGGACAGUUUGAAUUUUCAACCAAAGCCAUAUUCUAGAGAUCAAGUUCAUAACGAUGAGGUUGGUGAUAAUGAUGAUGACAUUGAAGAUGAGAUUGGUGAUAAUGAUGAUGACAUUGGUGUUUAGGUUGCUGAUGAAGAGAUGCACUUAGAAUGACAUACAAGUGACCAUGAAAAUAUGUUGUUUUGUUAUAUUAAAACAAGUUUAUUGUUUUUUUAAUACUUAUAAAUACUUUAUCAUCUUGUGUUCUUUUGGUAAAUUGAAUAUAUAAAAUACUUUAUAUCUUGUUCUUUUGUUAAA